CCACCAACCAUGCAACUACUGCAGGUGACAGUGUUGUGUUGUGUGGUGUUGGCCGUCGUGGGUGUGCCUACACCAACACCUGACGCGGGCCCACAACCAGAGCUCAACAAGGGCUACAGCUAUGAAGCACCAUUCAAGGGCUUCGGUCUGCCAGGGGAGGAGGUAGACCACAGCCAGCCCACCUACCAGGAACCUGACACAGGUUACCUACCACCUGAAGGUCUUGCUCCAGGUGACCUGCCAGACAUAGCUUUUGGCUUACUUGCUCUUGAACCAGCUAAUGGACCUCCAGCUAUAAACCCAAGCUAUACUACGCCAGCUACUUAUAAACCAACACCUAAUCAGACUUAUGGUACACCUAAACCUUCCUAUUCGCCACCUAAACAGACUUACAGUUCACCUACCCCAGCCUACACACCACCUAAACCAACAUAUGGUACACCUAAACCGGCCUACACACCACCUAAACCUACCUAUAGCCCACCUAUUACUUCUUAUACACCUAAACCAAUCUACAGCACACCUAAGCCUUCAUAUGGACAAGCUAAACCAAUCUACAGCACACCUAAGUCUUCAUAUGGGCCACCUAAACCAACCUACAACACACCUAUGUCUUCAUAUGGGCCACCUAAACCAACCUACAGCACACCUAAGCCUUCAUAUGGGCCACCUAAAACCAACUACAGCACACCUAAGCCUUCAUAUGGGCCACCUAAACCAACCUACAGCACACCUAAGCCUUCAUAUGGGCCUCCUAAACCAACCUACAGCACACCUAAGCCUUCAUAUGGGCCACCUAAACCAACCUACGAAACACCUACACCUACAUAUAGACCACCUAAACCAACUUACACCACACCUACACCUACAUAUGGACCACCUAAACCAACUUAUGGAAACACUUACACCUACUUAUGGGUCAGGGGCUACUCAGGAGGAUCAGGUUUUGGAAGCACAGGAAGCAGUGGUUUAGGGUCAGGUCAGGGCUACUCAGGAGGAUCAGGUUUUGGAAGCACAGGAAGCAGUGGUUCAGGGACAGGUCAGGGCUACUCAGGAGGAUCAGGUUUUGGAAGUACAGGAAGCAGUGGUUCAGGGGCAGGUCAGGGCUACUCAGGAGGAUCAGGUUUUGGAAGUUCUGGAAGUAUUGGUUUAGGGUCAGGUCAGGGCUACUCAGGAGGAUCAAGUUUUAGAAGUACAGGACGUAGUGGUUUAGGGUCAGGUCAGGGCUACUCAGGAGGACCAGGUUUUGGAAGUACAGGAAGCAGUGGUUUAGGGUCAGGUCAGGGCUACUCAGGAGAACCAGGUUUUCGAAGCACAGGAAGCAGUGGUUCAGGGUCAGGCCAAAGCUACUCUGGAGGAUCAGGGUCGCGUGACCUAACAGCAUCAUACAGAGCCUCAGGAUCUCUGGGAGGUGUGGCUGGCUCACUGGGUCUACACAACUCAGCAAUUUCAUCACAAAAUGAUCUUGAAUCCCGGCAGUUAACUUCUGGCUACACUCCUAACCAGUCUUAUGGUGAGAAGGGAAUGCCGUUCGACUUUGCUUAUGCUGUCAACGACGAAUACAGCGGUAACAUGUUCAGUCACAGAGCGAACUCAGAUGGACUGGUGACGAACGGGGAAUAUUCUGUUGUUCUCCCUGACGGCCGCAAGCAGGUGGUCACCUUCACAGCAAACAACGACUUAGGUUACCUGGCUAAGGUCACCUAUGAGGGGCAAGCCUCCUAUCCGUCCUCGACACCUAAUACCUAUAACUAACGAAAUUUGCUGCCAAAAGCUAGUCUUAAACGUGUAUUUCUAAAUGCACUCUGCAUCUGCUGGUAAUGCUUUGGAACCCCACUUGUUACUGUGGUAUCAUUGUACCAUAAAGUAAACAAUACGUUCCUCGAAAUAAGUUAUUAUUCCUAUUUAUUAGUUGGGGUCAGGAAGAUAUAGCAAGCAAAUUGUGCAAGUUCUUAUUUUUCUUUCCGCUUUCAUGCUUUAGGUUCUCAUUUCUAUAAUUAUUGUAAAUAACACUAACUUCAUAGAUUACCAUUUGACUUGUCUUAUGGUCAAGUGAGGUUUGCUGACAGCAGCAUCCAGCCUCUACAUCUGUGUUAUAGGCAACACUUCUGAUAUAACGAACACUCUUGUUAAAAGCAACAGUCGUGUUAGAAGCAACGCAGACUGUAGCAGAUUUGAUAUCCAUGUGUCAGUGUGCAUUCAGGAUUGUGUUCACAGAAGGUUUAAAUUUGAGACUGACAAUUGUGAUCCAUUUGAACUCAUGGAGGUCAAGGCUGUGUCACCCCACCCAUUAGUGGUCCUCUUGACGCGAAGGUCAAGACUCUGGUCAACGUUGCAAGAAGGUCAGAACUCGAUCAUCUCUC